AUAAUGGAACCAAAGGUCCACUUUUGUGAUGGAGAUGUUUUGAUAAACAUGAUGGGAUUUGAACAUUAUCGCUCUUUAUUCAUAAAGAAUCUGGUAAAUAUAUCUUUCCUGAAUACUCUUUGAUUUGACUCGACUGUUUGAGCAGUGUGUAUGAGGGGUAAAGAAGAUAAAGCUCGUGGUAUACCUAUAAAAAAACCACAAUCAAUUUUUGCUAGUGACUUGCCAUCAACAUCCAUUAUGAAAAAACUCAACCGUGUGAAAGCAUUUAAACGUGUAAAUUUUGAAGAAAUCAAGAUACAUAAAAUGGUUACAGAUCACUUUAAACAAUAUCAACUGUUAAAAAACUUCGGAAAACGAUUAUUAAAAAUGGAUUUGUCUUAUCACAAUAGUUUACAAUACCAUAAGACUUCUCUUUUAAAAGCAGAAAUGUUUUUAAAUAUUUUUGUAAAAAAUGUACCAUCAAUUAUUGAUACACUGGAUAAUGAUAGAACAGAACAAAUAAAGCUAAAUAGGUUGAAGUUAACCCCAAUUAUUGAAUGUAUAAUUCUUUGCGGAAGGCAAGAACUAGCUCUUUGUGGUCAUAGAAACACUGGUUCAAUUAAUUUCAAUGAUGCAUCGAAUUCUAAUGAUUCAAAUGAAGGGAACUUUCGUGCUAUUCUGAAAUAUAAAGCCAAAGACUUGGAUUAUUUAAAAGAACAUUUUGAAUCUGACUCUAGGAAUAAAUACAUAAGUCCUAGAAUACAGAAUGAAAUUAUUACCAUAUGUGGUGAUAUAAUUCUUCAUAAAUUAAUAAAAAUGGUUAAUGAAUCAGAAUGCUUUUCAGUGCUUGCUGAUGAAACCUCUGAUGUUUCAAAUAAAGAACAGCUUGCAUUAUGUGUUCGUUAUAUAAAUGGCACUGAACAAAAUGCCAAAUUAUGAGAAAUAUUCCUAAAAUUUGUAGAAAUUCAUAGUUUGACUGGAAAAAAUUUGGCUACUGCUAUACUUGAAGGUUUGAGUUCUUGUGGAUUAGACUGUUCUAAAUUAUAUGGCCAAGGUUACGAUGACACUGCGAAUAUAUCUGGAAAGCAUAAAGGAGUGCAAACUAUUAUACGAAAUAUAUAUCCGAAGGCAAUAUAUGUUCAUUGUGCGGCUCAUUCUCUAAAUCUGGCAGUGUCAUUUUCUUGAGAUAUUCGAAGUGUGAGAAACUGCUUAGGUUUGGUUGAAAAAAUGCAUUGCUUUUUUUAAUUUACCAAAACGUAGCAGUGUUCUUUUGGAAGUUAUUUCUAACAGUGAACUACAUCCUUCAGCAAAAUCACUGAAACGCUUGUGUGCUACGAGGUGAAUUGAAAGGUAUAAUGCCAUUAAUGAUUUUGUUGAGCUUUUUCCCUGCAUUGUUGAAGCUUUAGAAGAAAUAAAAUUAAACUCUUAUGACAAAUCUUUGGUAAAUGAUGCAGAUAUAUUGAUUAAAGCCAUGGAUUCUGAGUUCUUAAUUACACUUCAAGUUGUAAAAGUGAUAUUUUCUUACGGUUUGCCUUUAUGUAAAAGUUUACAAACUAUUAAUGUUGAUCUUAAAGAAGCUACACAGUUAGCGGAAUGUAAUAUAUCUAUGCUUGAACAUUUAAGAAAUAACAUUGAAAAAUAAUUUAAUCUACUAUUCAAAGAA